CUACAGACAUGACGACAGCCGGCUUCCGCUCUCCUCCUCAGCUACGCCACCCUCACCUGUCGAAUGCACAGGAGACACACACACGGGUCAUGCAGGCCAGCUGGAGGACCUCUUUGAUAUGUGGGACUGUGUACAUCCGCCGCCCUCAUCCACAUCGUCACUCUCAUCACCAUCACUGUCGGAAUCUGCAGACCACACACAGAGAGAGAAUGCACGUCAUCCAUCCAUCCAUCCAUCCAUGUGUGUGUGUGUGUGUGUGUGUGUGUGUGUCACUACCGUCGCUAUCGUCAUCCUGCUGCUGCUGCUGUUGUACUUGUCCGUCGAAGACGUAUGGCGCCACCGCCCCCAACGCCACACGAGCCAGCUGAGUGGUCAUCGGGAAGCGGUGCUUGAAGGCGCCACUCCCACACACAGCCGUCUCAGUCGUCUCAACAUACACACUCACUGCAGGCAAUCAGAAAGAGACCACAUGAUACCUGGCCGUUAACAAUCCCUCCCUCUCUGUCACACUGACCGGGAUCGUUUUCUGCUCCAGCAAUGUCAACCCAUGCGACGAAGUUGUGGCUGCUGUUGGUCAGCACCAGAAAUCGGAUACCGCUGUAUGAGCUCACUGUGGUCGUGCAGCCGGCCACUGGUGUGUGGGGCGACUCGGUCAGCAGGGCAUCCAAACGGCCGCCACCAACAUACCUGAACCAACCACACACACAGUCAACGGCGGACCCCUCUUGCCUCUAGCGCCAUCGGCGUUGUCACCUGUCGAGUUCUAUAUAUGUGUAAUUGAUCUGUUGAGUCUUCUCGAAGACGUCGAUGAUCUUCUGCUUGGCAAACGACGACACUGACACAUGAAGGGUGAACUGGAAACCGUGCGGCUCCCAGCCGCCGUCGUCCUCGUAGUAGUAGAUGCUCUCACGCACCGGUGGAUCGUGUGGCUGCCGGUGCUCCUGAUACAGAUGGCCGGCAGGGAGGGGCGGGUCGACCUCCAGCUCGAAGCCGGGCUCGUCGGUGAUGGCUCGCACCUCACCGUUGCCGUGGUGGAACAGCUGCAGGCAAGUGCCGUCAAUGAAGUGGACGUGGCGGCCGACCAUUUUGAGCUGCGCCAACAUACGGGGAACCGACACAUACGCCUACACACAGGACCACAGACACCACACACAGAGGGAAUGAGGCCCUCUCCCUCCCCUCCCCGCCCCGUCUGUUUGCUGGUUCACCGUUUUGUUUGUGUGUGUGUUGAUGUCAUCUGCCGUGAGGAUGACAGGCAGGUCACAGCAGCCGCACUGCGCCGCCAGCUCAAUCACCUCACACAUCUCGCCCCAGCCCCCCUCCUCCACCACACAUACAGCCGCCAGCAGAUGAUGUGUGCCGAACUGAUCGUCGUCGAAGCGCAGCAGCUGCACUUGCUACCCAUUCACCGCCCGCCGCAGCCCCGUCUGUGAGCCCAGCGAGUGGCGGAGCCGAUCUCUCAGCUGGGCCGCUCCGAAGAGGUUCCUGAGCCACGUGCAGGUGGCCCUCAGCCGCAGGAUGUCCUUGAUGCUGCUGAAGAGGUAGUAGGUGCGGCGGCCGACGAAGAUAUACGAGAAGGGGUGCUGCUGCUGAUGCUGCGGUUGCUGCAU